AUGUGUUAUUUGAAUUGGGUUGCUUUUAUUUUUGUUUAUAUUUCUAUAUACAUACAUCAAUCUUCAUCUUCUUCAUUUAGUCCUAUUGAUAAGUAUUUGAUCACUUGUGGUUCUUCACAAAACAUCACAUUUCUUGGCCAAAUAUAUGUCCCUGAUUCAUUACAACCAUCAUUUUCUUUAAAAAACCAAGAAGAUUCACAUAUUAUCAAAUCGAGUUCAACUGUUCCAUUACCUAUCCAUCAAUAUGCUAGAGUUUUCACAACCAUUUCAACUUUUAUAUUCGAUAUCCAAAAACAAGGCCGGCAUUGGAUCCGUCUUCAUUUUUAUCCAAUUCCGGGCCACAACUUAACUUCAGCUUCAUUCACUAUAUUGACCGAAAACUUUGUGUUAUUAAACAGUCAGAGUUUCAAGAAUUACAGUGAGUCUAAAUUCGUUUCGAAAGAGUAUUCUAUCAAUGUGACAUCAGACACAUUGCUUAUAAACUUUGUACCUGCAAAUAAUUCGGUUGCAUACAUUAAUGCAAUUGAAGUUGUAUCUGUCCCUGAUGAGUUGAUCCCUGAUCAAGCAAACGGGUUGCCACGAUCUAGCCCGAUUAACGGGCUAACAGAACUUGCUUUUGAAACUGUGUACCGUUUGAAUAUGGGUGGCCCGAAACUAACUCCACAAAACGAUACAUUAGGAAGGAUUUGGGAAAAUGACGAAAAGUAUCUUCAUGUUAAUAGCUCGGCUGCAAAUGUUUCGAUAAACCCUUCACUUGUUAAGUAUCCCCAAAGUUUAACACCUGAAAUCGCUCCAAAUUGGGUUUAUGCAACAGCACAGAUGAUGGGUGAUGCAAACGUAGCGAAUUUGAACUUUAAUGUGACUUGGGUUCUUCCUGUUGAUCCUGAUUUUGCAUACUUUGUUAGGGUACAUUUCUGUGAUAUUGUGAGCAAGUCUUUAGAUAGCCUCAUUUUUAAUCUGUAUAUAAAUUCUGAUAAUGCUAGUAAUGAUUUGGAUCUAUCGAGUAUCACUGGUAACUUAGAUGUGCCUGUUUAUAAAGAUUUUGUCACGAAUUUGACUCUUGAAUCAAACACCUUGACUGUGAGUGUUGGGCCACCAGCAGAUGCGGAUGAUGCAAAUGCUAUUUUGAAUGGUCUUGAAAUCAUGAAGAUUAGUAAUGGAGCCCGAAGCUUAGAUGGGGUGUCUGCAGCGGAAGAUUUGGUUGUUAAUCCGGGAAAAAAGAGCAAAAAGGUUGGUCUUGUGAUAGGAGCGGUUAUUGGGGCCAUAGUGGUGCUGAUUCUUUUGGGUUUAGGUUAUUGUUGUAUGGCGGGCCGUGGGUCAAAAAGGAGGACCGAUCCUUUAAAACCAUCAUGGCGUCCGCUUCCAUUGUAUGGAAAUUCAGUCACCAUGACAAAAACGUCGAUGACUGCAAGCUGCAUUUCGUUAGCUUCGAAUAAUUUUGGAAGGAACUUUAGUUUUCAAGAAAUCUUGGAUGCGACGAAUAAGUUUGACGAGAGUUUGUUGCUUGGAGUUGGUGGUUUCGGGCGUGUUUACAAGGGAAUUAUGGAAGAUGGGACCAUUGUUGCUGUAAAAAGGGGAAACCCGAGAUCUGAACAAGGUCUUGCAGAAUUUCGAACUGAGAUCGAGAUGUUAUCAAAGCUACGUCACCGUCAUCUCGUCUCGCUUAUCGGGUAUUGUGAUGAAAGGUCCGAAAUGAUUCUCAUUUAUGAGUAUAUGGCAAACGGGCCCCUCAGGAGCCACCUUUAUGGUGCAGAUCUUGCGGCGCUUUCUUGGAAACAACGGCUCGAGAUCUGUAUCGGGGCCGCCAGGGGCCUACAUUAUCUUCACACGGGUGCAUCACAAUCUGUGAUCCACCGUGAUGUGAAGACAACUAAUAUUUUGUUAGAUGAGAAUUUUGUAGCAAAAGUUGCUGACUUUGGGCUGUCAAAGGCGGGACCUUCGCUCGACCAGACCCAUGUCAGCACCGCUGUGAAGGGUAGUUUCGGGUAUCUUGAUCCUGAAUACUUCAGACGACAACAAUUGACUGAGAAAUCAGAUGUGUAUUCAUUUGGGGUUGUUCUAAUGGAGGUUUUGUGUGCCCGACCCGCCUUGAAUCCAGUUCUUCCAAGAGAUCAAGUAAACAUCGCUGAAUGGGCUCUGACCUGGCAAAAGAAGGGAAAUUUGGAUCAGAUUAUGGAUGGAAAUCUUACAGGGAAGUUAAAUUCUGCGUCUUUGAAGAAAUAUGGCGAAACUGCAGAGAAAUGCUUGGCAGAAUACGGUGUUGAUAGGCCAUCAAUGGGUGAUGUCUUAUGGAACUUGGAGUAUGCAUUGCAGCUUGAAGAGACGUCUACGGCUCUUGUGGAGCCUGAAGAUAGCAGCAUGAACCAUAUCAAGGGACUCGGGCUGGGUCCACUUGAGCCAUAUGACAACAGUACAAGUGUGGUCGAUGGGGAAGAGUCCAGGACAGAUAACGCGAGGGAAGAUGCUGCAACAAGUGCAGUUUUUUCUCAGCUUGUACAUCCACGGGGAAGAUGAUUGAUGUUUAAUGAGUGAUCACUGAAUCGAGUGUCUUUUUUGAUCGUAAAAUUUAUGUACACCUAUUAACUGCCAUCAAAUUGUUGAUUGGUAAUGAUUCAUUUCCAUAGUGAAUAUAGAAAAUAAAGCACAAAGUGUUCAAAUCUGUUCUGGUUGAA